AUGCGAUCUAAACCAUCUGAUUAUCCGGCUCUUCCUUUCCAUGGAAUCCGUAUACUCAGUUUCUUAUCGUCCCUUAUAGUUGGUAUCAUUCUCGCCGUGUUUAUCUAUCAUCUCCACUCAGAUGGAUACAAAUUACCCUUUGCCUUUCUUAUUCUUCUUAUCGUCUCCCUCCUCUCCCUCCUGAACAUCAUCCUCUCAUCAAUAAUGAACUGCACCUGCAGCCUCAACACCAAAUUCUCACUUUUACUAAACAUCCUCUUUCUCCUCCUCUGGGCCCUCGGUUUAGCCCUCCUAAGCUACAACAUGGCCCACACAAUCCUCACCUCCUGCACAGCCCAAUACUGGGGAAACUCGACCGGCGAAAACGUCUGCAGAAUGUACAAGGCUCUGUUCGCUUUCACCAUCCUCGCUACAGCAUCCUACAUCGCACUACUAGCUCUAGAUGGCGUCGUCCGUCGGCGCCAGAUUAGACUGGGUGCGUAUGGACUUGCGGGGCCCGACGAUCACAUGGAGCUUAAGUUGACCGGGGAGAGGGAUGCUUCUGUUGGCCAAGGUUAUGAGGCUGUACCGCCGAUCAUGGCUGGUGGGGGGUAUGGGUAUAGGAAUGGGAAUGGGCAGAAUACUUCUUAUGCGCAUGUUGUUGAGCAGCAUCAUGCCGGUGAGGCGGCGGAGUAUUAUGAUUCUGUCCCUGUCAGGAGGGGGCAGGUAGGGUAUGAUCCUAUUAUGCAUCGGUGA